AUGCGGAUUCGAAUUCGGGGCCCGACGGGCCAGUCCACGAUCUCUCUGGCAGACACGGCGACGGUCGAGGACCUGCUGGUUCAGAUCGAAGCCAGCACGGCGUUGACUGAUUUUGAUCUGAAAUACGGCUACCCGCCGACACCACUGUCGCUGGCGCAUCUCAGCCGGCACACGCCCAUCGCAGACAUCGGCGUAGCCCUCGACGGCGAACAGCUGAUGGUCGUCGGCAAAGACGCUGCGGUCGCUGGCGCGCCCCCGGCGCAGAGUGCGCCCGACGAGCCACCAGAGAUCGCGUCGCCUGAGCACGGCGGCACGGUGGUGCUGCGGGUGAUGCCGGACGACAACUCGUGCCUCUUCCGGGCGGUGGGCAACGCUGUGCUGGGGGCGAUGGACGCGGUGACGGAGCUGCGGUCGGUAGUCGCGCAGACGAUCCAGGACCAGCCCGAGACGUACUCGCCGGCGGUGCUUGAGCGGCCGCGCGACGAGUACUGCCGCUGGAUCCAGACGGCGGACGCGUGGGGCGGCGGCAUCGAGCUGAGCAUCCUGAGCAAGCACUUCGACGUCGAGAUCUGCUCCAUCGACGUGCAGACGCUGCGCGUGGACCGCUUCAACGACGGCCGGCCGACGCGGUGCAUCGUGGUGUACUCGGGCAUCCACUACGACGGGGUCGCGCUGUCGCCGUCCGCGCCGCCGUUCACGCGCGCGCACGCGCCGCCCGAGUGCGACACCCGCAUCUUCGACACCGCCGAUGCCGCUGUGCUGGAGCGCGCGCGGGCGCUGUGCCGUGUGCUGCAGCAGCGGCACUACUAUACCGACACGGCGGGCUUUCGCGUGCAGUGCCAGGCGUGCGGCGGCCGGUUCGUGGGGGAGCAGGGUGCCGCCGCCCACGCCGCGGCGACGGGGCACUACGACUUUGGCGAGGCCGACUGA